AUGAUUAAAUCUGUACAACCAACUACUGAUAAUGUUGAAAUUACUGAAAGUGUAUUUUCAACUGAUAGAAAUAGCAAAAACGAUAAUAUAAACAGGCUUAAUUAA